AUGUAAUCCAAUUAUUUCUACCAUAUUAGUUAGUUUUAUUAUGCUCAAAACNUAGAAUAUUUGAUCCCUUAUAACAUAGCUGUUUGUGGAAUUGAUUUAUCAGGUAAGCCAUCACUCAUUUAUCCAGGUUCUGGACAUUCUGAAGGUGUUUACAUUUCUCUUGGUUAUUAUGAAUCAUAAGAUGUACAAAGUCUCAUUGAUUAUCUAAGAGAUCAUAAAGUAACAUGUAACUUUAAUAAUAGAGCCUUACAUUACUUAAAUUGGGUUAUGGGGAAGAUCUAUGGGUUCAGUUACAGCCAUUCUUAGUGCCAGUCAAAAUGAAGAUAUUAAAGUCUUGGUUUGUGAUAGUCCAUUUUCUAAUUUGGCACUCUUAUGUAAGGAGAUUGCAACAUCUGGUUAUGGAGUACCUGGAUGUUGUUUUAAUUGUUUCUUUUGUUUUGUAAAAUCUAAAAUUAGAAAAGAAGCUAAUUUUAAUGUAGAUGAUCUCAAUAUUAUCUAAAUAGUUGGAAGUAAUCUUAUUAAUAUCAAAAUUUAGAUCUUUCAUCCUAAGUUUCUAUAGCAUUUUUGAGUGCAAAUCAAGAUCAAUUAGUAAACUCAAAACAUUCAAAAUAAUUACAUUGUGUUUUCAAAGGAACUAAAUUAUUAAAAUCAUUUGAUGGUCAACAUAAUUCAAAAAGACCAAAUGAUAUAAUGAAGGAGGUGGCAGAUUUUGUCAUUUCUUAGUUAGGCAAAUAAUCAAGUGAUUAACCUUAGAGUUCAAGAGAUACUAAAUUGUUACUCUUACAUAACUAAAGAGAAAAGAUAUCUUUCUAAUAUGAUGAAGUACAUCCAAUUAUGACUGGAGGAUAAAUAUCCAAUAAUGAAUAAAAUAUAACAAAAUGA